AUGAACAGCUCACUCUUUUGUAUUUUGCGUAUUUUUUUGCUUUCUGGUGCUAUGUGUGGUACCACGAUAGCUUCCAUACAAGCAGCAACAGAGUUGGAGCUACGUACACAACAGAAUCAAGCGCAGCGUAUUUAUCUUGGACCUACGAGGGCUACGGAAAAACUAAGAGCUCAAGCCUUUGCCAAAACGGCGCGAAUAGUGGACGAAACUAAUGCCUUGCACGCGGCAGGCUUGAAAAGUUAUUACAUGAGUUACAACAAUCUCAGUGACUUGACAGACGAACAAUAUCAAGCCUUUCUGAUGUCUAAACCAGAUAAAAAUCUAGCUGAAAGAAUGCAUGUGAAGGAGCAGGCAAGAGAAACCCAUAUGAAAAGAGGCAAACAGGUGACGAUUGGCUUUGAUUUAGACCCUAUCAACACAAAAGAAGAGGAAAUUGAAAUUCUUAAGGGAUUGGACUGGAGAACGAAAGAUGGAGGGAAGUAUGUGACGCCAAUUAAGAACCAGGGAACAUGUGGAAGUUGUUGGGCUUUUGCAGGGGUAGCAGUCAUUGAGUCGAGAUUUGCCAUUGAAAAUAAUGUGAUAGCGCCACUUUUAAGUGUGGAACAAGUGCUUAGUUGCUCAGGAGAGCUAGACCAUAUUCAGAGUAAGUUCUAUGACAAAAUGACAAGUUCAUCAGAAGGAUGUUUAGGUGGUAUGCCAUUCCUUACGUAUUCAUACCUACAACUUGCCCCACCUCAUGGUAUUGCAUGUGAACAUGAUUACCCAUAUGCAAUGGCAACGAAUGAAACGCAUCCUCUGUGUUUGUCGGAAUCCAUGAACGUUUCUGUGACAUGGAAGUCAGAACUCUCCGACUACAAAGUGGUAGCUUCAAAUGAAGAAGCGCUUUUACGAGCUGUGAUGACAGGGCCUGUGACUGCCAACAUUGACGCUGGUGGUAAUGGAUUUCGUCAUUAUGGUGGAGGAAUCUACGAUGCUCAAGAUUGUUCAAACGAUGGAGUCGAAGUCAAUCAUGCUGUUGUUGUUGUAGGAUUUGGUGAGACGGAAAGGGGUGAAAAGUACUGGAUUCUUCGAAAUACAUGGGGAACGAUGUGGGGCGAAGAUGGCUAUAUGCGAAUCGCAAGAGGUGAAAGUGUAGAAUUUUAUGGACCAUGCAAUUUGUAUCUAUACGCAGACUAUCCCGUGAACCUCACGUUUGGUCCUCGCUCAAGUACUUGUGUUGCAUUAGCUCGGAACUUGACGCCGCUUUCAUUUCAAAAACUGAUAGAACUCUCAUUCAAACAAGUCGUCAUUUUAGGACUCUGCACUGUCCUUACUGUGAUAGCUGGGAUAGCGCUAUAUCAUGGCACAGAGUUUCGAUACAACCGCAAAGAAGCUGCCGGAGAAUUCAAAUACAAAGAUUCUUAUGCACGCUGGAUCUUACCUUCCCGAGAUCAGCUUGCUACUGCACUUGCUCAACGCUCAACUCAGCAUCGUACAGCUAAUCACUAG